AUGAAAACGAGGCUCAUACCGCAAAGAUUUAAAAGGACGGGAAAUUAUAACGUGCGGAAAAAUUACUAUUAAAAGUUCAUGGGUUAUGUUGGUCAUCACAUAAAGCUCUAAAACCAUGAACAGAGAUAGGACCCAUGCCCUGUUAGAGUGGGUCAACUCCAUUGAUGGCACUCCUUGUAUCGAGUCUCUCAUUCAACUAAAUGAUGGGACACAUCUGAUCCACAUGUUGGAACAAAUAGUUCCUGCCAUGUUUCCAGCAGAUGUGGAAUUAACCACAGUUACUGCCAGGAUGGACUUUCUUAUCAUGGUUCUCUCAGAGAUGUACAACACAAAAAUAGAUGAGAGAGUCAACUUCAAGGCUAUCGUUAACUUUGCAGAUGAGUUUGAAAUUAGUAAGGUAGUGAUGCUGGUCAUGUACAGUGCCAUGGUGUUCAGCAGCAAUCAGCAGAGUUUCAUCCUGUCUACGUUGAAGCUGAACACAAGUACCCAAGAGGCACUGAAGGAGAUGAUCGAGGUCCUGAUGACAAGCCCAGACCACAAGAUUCCACAGAACUUUGAUGAUGUAUUAAAACAAAAUGUCAAUGAACAAGGUGGCUCAUCAGGUGCAGAUGGUGACACAGCCAACAUACCCUUACCUGCACCACUGAAAUGUUCACCACCAAAAUUUCAGAAAUCUAUGUUCAAUAGAAGUCUGCUAGCUUCCUUAGGCAACUCCUCUGCUAUAGGGACACCCAAACCGUUAUCAAGGAAAAACAGCACACGUACAAUAAGCCAAGAAUACACCAACUCCCCUGGGACCCCCUUCCAGCAAGUGAUGGAGUCCCCACAACUGGUUCACAGGGCAACUCCUCUGCUAUAG